UUCUUUGCAGAUCCCCUGCAGGCAGAGUUUGCUUAACUAGUUGAACUGGCUCUUUCUGUCUUGUUUUUUUGGCAAACUAAGAAUUUCCUUCCUGAUAAAAACGGACGGCGGGCGCCCCGAUUGGGUGCUGCGUUGGAGAGGAUGUGACAUCAGGCACAUCUCUCGCUUCGCUGGAUCGCUGGCUGCUUACCAGGGCAGCCAGGGAGCUGCUUCAUUAAAUCCCAACCCAGGUACUCGAGUUCCUGCACAAAGUGCUGCCGGCACCACGUACUGGUCUGUUGCAAGGUCUGUUUGACUCCUGCAUGCAGAGUCUGCUUAACAGAUCACUCCCACCACUGGCGGCUUGCCGGGGACGAUGGAAUUUGAACUCUCCAGACUGACCAUGAAGUGAAAAAAACAGAAAUUGGACACACGGGGCUGAGAUGGAUGAUGAGGUAACAAAUCAAAAUGGCAGCAAACUGCAAGGAGCCAGAGGCCAGGCAUCUGCAAUGUCUCUAUCAAACCCACUGAUGAGGGACUUUGUUUCAGACUGGUCUCCUUUACAUGAUGCUUCUAUCCAUGGACGCCUGCUUACUCUGACGAAACUCAUCAAACAGGGAUGUGAUGUGAAUCUUGUUACAGCAGCUCAGGUGUCUCCGCUCCAUGAAGCCUGCCUAGGGGGUCAUGCUGCUUGUGCCAGUGUCCUAUUAAAACAUGGUGCUCAGGUGAAUGGAGUUACUGUGGACUGGCACACUCCAUUGUUCAGCGCUUGUGUCAGUGGCAGUGUGGCUUGCUUGAAUUUACUGCUGCAGCACGGAGCCAGCCUACACCCGCCCUGUGACUUGGCAUCACCCAUCCAUGAAGCUGCUAAGAGAGGUCAUGUGCAAUGUGUUGAAUUCCUCGCAUCCCAUGGGGUAAAUAUAGACCACAACAUCAAACAUCUGGGUACUCCACUUUAUGUAGCUUGUGAGAACCAGGAAGUGAACUGUGCCAAGAAGCUGCUUGAGUCAGGAGCAAAUGUGAACAGUGGCAAGGGCCUGGACUCCCCUCUGCAUGUGGCCGCGAGGAAUUGCAGUGUGGAGCUGGUGACGCUGCUGAUUGACUUUGGAGCGGACAUUUGGGUGAAGAAUGACGAAAGCAAGAGGCCAAUGGAGCUGGUCCCACCUGGCAGUCCCGUGGGACGACUGUUCCUGCAGAAAGAAGGGCCACUAUCCUUGAUGCAGUUGUGCCGCCUGUGCAUCAGGAGGUGCUUUGGUCACAAGCAACAUCAAAAAAUAACUGGACUUCUCCUCCCAGAAGAGCUGAAACAUUUCCUUCUCCACGUUUAAGCCUUAUAUGUUUGAACUGGUGCCUUUAAUAACACAGCAAGGUUUGUUGAGGAAAGACUCGUUUGCCAUCAGUAGUGUUGCCAAUGCCUGCAAUGUUAAUUUACAACAAUUGCUGGUCUACAGUAAAGCCAUGAAAGCUCCAAGAAGCAUGGGACUGACCAACUUGCUCAGACCAUGCUGUCGCCACCCCUAGCAAAUCUGUGAUUUUGGAAAGGAAGAGUUCUCCAUGAUUGCAUGGUGAAGCUUGGAAAUGUGACUUGAGAGCCUCCUAGAAAGUGUAGAAAAUGAGCAUAGCAUUUUAAAAUAGAUCUCUUGAUUCUCUGGCACAGUUUCAGAGGGCUCGUGGUUGACAGCUCUUUACGAAGAAAACACAUAGCUCAGUGCAGUACUAACAGCACUUCAUGUAUAUAUUAAAGAUACUAAGGAUUGCGCUCAUGUGCCUGCCAUCUGUGAGGGCCGUAACCACACCACUGUACAGAUAAGGAAAGGGAAGCCAACUGAAUCUACUUGCAAAGCAAGUGAGGCCCUCUGGCAGAUGUUAUUUAUUUUCUAAGUGUAUUACACUGCAGAUAGAUGAACACCAACCAACAAUCAUCUGCAUUUAGGCCAGCAUCUGAAACAUGCGUUUCUACCAUGACAAGUAAGUAGGUCACUGCUGAUGGCAGCUCCCUACAGUGCAAUCAUAGUGGAGGGGAAGUUUUUAACAAUCCAUUAAAAUCACUUAUUCCUGAUGCUUUGAGAUAUAAGGGAGAAACACUUCAGAACUACACAUUUUCUCCUUGUAGAAUAUUAUUUUUCAAGGACACAAGCUAAAAGUUCUCCCCCUUUCUGCCCUAAAAAAAAGUGAUAUUUCCUAAGCAUUUCUGAGCAUGCAUCAGAAUAACAACAGCUUCUAUCCCCUUACCCACCCAAGAAAAUAGAUCAUUUUUUUUCUUGGAGAGAUGUUACCUCAUUCAUAGUAAUUUUCAUGGGAGUGGUAAUAAUAACACCUCUAGUAUGUGGUCAUAAAAGAAACAAUUAAAAUACUGAAUUAAAGUCCAUUAAAAAGAGAAUGGAUAAUUUCUGCCCCCCACAUGGUUGCUGUGCUACUGGCUCAGUGUAUGUCUCUCAAACAAACAUGAUAUGUGGUUCUUAUUCCACUGAGAUCACAAGAACAAAUAUUCCCUCCAGCUAAACUUUAACAAUAGUGUUUUUCUUUCCCUCCCAGAAACAUGUCCUGCUGCCACAAACCAAAGUGCACUUAUGACCACUAUGUGCUCUCCCAGGUGCUCCCCUGGGGAUAUCAUCUGCCUGAUACACGCGGAAGCGAGGAUGCUGAAGCUUUGACUCUCCUGCCCACCUCCCUGUCCCCUCUCCACCUCUGAUGCAUCUGCAUCACCUGGGAGCAGCAGCGCACCCACCACCUCCCCUGAGGGGAUACUGCCAAGUCACUCCUGUGUUAGAGGGGCAGAAUAUGCACUCUGAUGGUUUUGGAGAUCCUUUUAUUUUUCACUUUGCAUUGGAGACUCCUGCAAGAGUGGGCUUGGUGUGUGAAAACAGUGAUGACAUUGUUAACAGCAGCAAGGAGAUAUAUGAAUUCCUCAUUUCCUAAAUGAAGAGACCUGCAGCCUUCAAACACACAAGCUUAUUUUGAUGUUUACUAGUGUGCUGAUGUAUGCUGUGCAAGCCUUCCUUUCGCACAUGACAAGUUAAAGAGGAUGGAUCAAAUGCUCCCUGGAUGCUCAUAUUUGACAUAAAUUACAACUCAAAUCCUCUGGACAUGUCUGCUGGCUAUAGGCAUCCAGUAUGAUGGUUUGAUUUAUUUUUCUUUCACUGGCUGGUUUAAGAUGGCCUACUAUAUUCGUUCCCUCUUACUGGGAAAGAAAAAUAGAUAUCUGUCUUCAUAAGCUGAAAAAAAGCAGGCAUUUCGGAUGGGAAAGGUGAAUCUUCCUAGAAUCAGUAUCUUGGAUAAGCAGAAUCUGCAUUGAACAGGCAGGGAACAGAUAAUGAACCUAGUGCUUAACUUUCAAAGAUUUAAGUGUAAAGAAUCCCUGCUUUGAUGACACAUCUGAAGGCUGAAGGUCCAGCUUAUUAUAUUUGAGAUGAUGAAGAACCAUUUUUUUAAUGUUUUAUAAUUCACCUUUAAGCAUCUUAUAACUUCAGCCAAUGGGUUUAUAGGAGUAAUGUUAAUAUCAGGAGAAAAUUGCCCUGAGAAGGUGGUGAGAGAAUUGCUUCUAGAUUGCUUUUCUUUUGGAAAUUCCAGUGUGACUCUGUUUACUUGAAUCCCUCUGAUCAAGUGUAAUUAGCAUGAAUUCUGUAUGCUCAGCUUGUAUCAUCUCAGUAUGUUUGCUUAUUUAUUUUAAUAUAAAUUGUGAUCAACACUGGCGAAUUACAGCUUUAUGCAUCAACACUUAUCCAGUUAUAAACUGUAAAAGUUGUACAAGAUGCAAACUGAAUAAGCUCAUUAUAGGUGAGGUUUGGAUUUUUUUCUAUAUUUAAAAUCAUUCCAAAUGUAAUGCAGGACUUGAAAGAUUUUCAGGAAUAUAUUUUAUCAGAUUCUUUGCUAUUACUUUGUUAGCAGUUUAACGGUAGUCAAGCCACAGUUGUAUAGGAUAUUUGCUCAAAAAUAAAUGGUUUCUACUCU